GCCGGCGUAUAUAUGUUUGAUCUUAGUAACCGACCGGCUAGUCUUUAUGUUGUUAUAGACAUUGCUUCUGUAAUACAUUGUUUUUUUGAAAUAGUUUUGUGUGUCUUCUCUCAUCAACAAUGGCUGACAAAACAGCAAAACUGGAAGUCGUGGAAAGCAAUAACCAGUUCACCACUAACCUAUACAACGUUUUGUCGAAGUCGUCAUCAGGAAAUAUCAUAUUCUCCCCUAUCAGCGUCCAUGCUGUCCUUUCCAUGGCCUACCAAGGAGCUAGAGGUACAACUGCUGAAAAGUUUGCUUCUACACUGAACAUUGCUGAAGCUAAUAUUGCUGGGGAAGGUUAUAACAUUGUUAUGAACCAUCUCAAUUCUGUUCCAAAUGUUACACUUUUAAUGGCUAAUAAAGUUUACCUAAUGGAAGGGCAUCAGCUCUUACCAGACUUCAGUGAAGCUGUUACUAAAAAUUUCCUAUCUGAAGUACAACUACUUAAUUUUGGUGCAAAUGAGGCAGCCGCUGCAACUAUUAACGCUUGGGUUGAAGAUAAAACUAAAGAAAAAAUCAAGGAUUUAAUCAACAAAGACGAUUUAGACGAUCUUACGCGUUUAGUACUUGUAAACGCCAUCUAUUUCAAGGGCAGUUGGCUGUACAAAUUUGACAAGGAAGAAACUAAAAUUGAACCAUUCUAUCUAAAUGAUGUAGAUUCUGUAGACGUACAAAUGAUGCAUAUAAACAGACAUUUCCAUUACAAACCUGUUGAAGAGUUGGAUGCUGCACUUUUAGAAUUGCCUUAUACUAACACAGAUUUCUGCAUGUUCAUCAUUUUGCCGUUCAAGAGAAAUGAUAUUGACGAACUGGAAAAGAAGCUAGCUAAUGUGAACUUAAUUGAAAUCACAAAUAAAAUGUGGCACGUCAAAGUAACCGUCGCUUUUCCAAAGUUCAAAAUUGAACAAACCAUUGAUUUAAAUAAAUCUUUAACUAAGCUUGGACUUGGUGAAAUAUUUGAUCCACAUACAGCUAAUUUCAGCGGCAUGAUUACUUCAAAAGAGCCUUUGUAUGUCAGUAAAAUUAUACAAAAAGCCUUCAUUGAAAUAAAUGAAGAAGGAGCUGAGGCAGCAGCUGCUACUGGUGACGAGAUCUGGCGCAUCUCUGCUGACAUGUUAUUUAUAGCGGAUCAUCCUUUUAUUUAUUAUCUGCUGGAGAAGAAGGAGAAGAAUCUUUUUAUUGGACGCGUCUCUAAUCCUAACGACCUACUUUAAAAGUUUGUACUGUUCACAUUUUUGUUAUGUGUAUAAUUAAUGUAACGAAAUAUUAUAACAUUUGUAUUACUUAUGUUUAUAAUAUUUAUAAACAUAAAAAAAAUUAAAGUGUAAAAAUUUCACACA